AUGGUUAUCUGGAAAAGAGAGCAUCGCGUAUUCGCAGUUGAGGAGUAUUUAAAAUCGGGCGAGUCCGUUAUUGGUGUGCAGGGACAACGCUUCAAUAUCGAUCGUAACGGUUCAGUUCCUAAACGUGACACAAUCAACAGGAGGGUACAGAAUUUUAGAAUGACGGCAUCAGCAAUUAAUCCAAAACCUAAAUGCCGUCCCCGAAGUGUAAGGACACCAUUUCGAAUGAGUAGUCGAACACUUCGCAGGAUUUUACACCAAGACCUUCAUUUUCACCCCUAUAAGCUCAUGGCUAGUACUUCAAACUCUCAAACUAGCUUGGAAUAUUAUCACGAAAAAACACCCCCUCAAUCUCCUGAACAAAAGAAACAGAAGGGAAGUAAUAGUAAAUUAUGUUGUCAUUUGUCCGCGGACAUAGCUUCAUGGCUGCUGAUCGUUGUUUUGGGAGAGUGGAGAGGUUGCUUAGGAAAAAUACUGAUAUUUUCUAAAGAGGAAUACAUUAAAUUUUAUUCAGAAGUCAGACAAGUGAAAAUUUUAGGAAAUGACUGGAAAUUUUAUAAUGUAAAAGAACUAGAGAAAGUGUACAAUAAGGUUAAGGGUAUUGCUGAAACAAAAAGAAUUUUUAUCGCAAAAAGUAACAAAAAUCAACGAAAUCCUAAGAUUGAAGUGAAUACACAUCUGUAUUAUCGGUUUGCACCUGAAAACAAAUCGCGUCAGAUAAUGCUAAAGAAAGGAAAAGACGAUGACAACCUGGUUCUUAACAUAACACAGCCCAGAAACUCUUUACCGGAUAAGAAGAAACAUAGUCUUAGAAAGCUUUUGAAAGAGUUGUUCGCUGAAAAUUGGAUGCCGCGAGCAGAUCUAAAAUGGUAUAAAGAUUUACUUAUUUCUGGUAAUGCAGAUACAGAAACUAGCGACAAGGAAGAAGAUGAGGGCGAACAGGAUGUGCCAUCUGACUGUUUAGAUGAAGAAGCUGCUCUUCAUAUAUAA